AUGUUUCCUGCGUUACCCAGGAUGACCCCAACGGACUUCCUCCGUCAGCUACCUGAGGCUCAAGAUCUGCCCGACCACGACGAAUGUCCAGUAUGUCUGCAGGAGUACGUAUCCGCGAAAGCCCCAGCUCCUGUGAUCAUCGAACGCAUCCUUUCGAUGGCCGCUCGCCGAGACCCAGAACCAAUCGAAACCGAGCACGCUGUUCGACUACCCUGCCAGCAUGUCCUUGGCAGCAAAUGCAUCAAGCGCUGGAUCUCCCCCACCGAAGGAGAUCAGAACACUUGUCCCUAUUCCGAAGCCAAGUCUGAGAUUCGAGAGUCUGUUCUAAAGAAGAAGGCUAACUCCGAUAUGGUGUAG